UAAAUCAUGGGAUGAAGACCACGCCCCAAAACAACCUCUCUGUCCGGAACAUCGGAGGAUGCAGUAAAGAGAACUAUGGAUUCCAGUGGAGACACAGCUAAAGCUGUCGAUAUUUACCGUGACACGUGGGUUCGUUUCCUUGGAUAUGCCAAUGAAGUUGGGGAAGCCUUCCGUGCUCUGGUGCCAGUGAGUUUUGUAUGGGGCAGCUAUGCUGUGGCCACUGCGUACGUCACUGCUGAUGCUGUGGAUAAAGGGAAGAAAGCAGCUAUUGCACAUGGGGACAACCCAGGGAAGACGACCCGAGUAGCUGUUGCAGUUGUGGACACUUUUGUGUGGCAGGCGCUGGCCUCUGUGAUCAUCCCCGGCUUCACCAUUAACCGCGUCUGUGCGGCUUCUCUGUACCUGUUGGGAAAAAGCACAAGAUGGCCCUUACCAGCUCGGAAGUGGACCACAACGGCCAUAGGACUCUCCACAAUCCCUUUCAUUAUUACCCCAAUCGACAGGUCAGUGGAUUUCCUGCUGGACUCCAGCCUAAGGAAGGUCUACAAUGAGGGGAAGAAGCAUGACUAACAGUCAUGCAGUGCAGACUGUCCCCAUUUGGAGUGAAACCAGCGCAGUCUGUAAACCUGCAACACCAUAGAGCGAGAUUCUGCGCAUACUUAAUAAUGUCUACAACUAUAUUUUAUAUUCCAAAUUAGAAAUAUUUUUUCUCAACGCAUAAGUAUUUAAAGGGGAAUUCUUCUGUACAGAAGAUCCACCCGGGGGCGCUGUAUUUUCUCGUUUACUGAAAUGAGUUUCCUCAUCAAAAAGAGAUUAAAAUGACGAUGUCAUGGUUGACCCAGAGAAGCUCCGCCCCUUCGUCCUGGUUUAACUAUCCUGAUGUAUGUUUUGGUUUGGUGAUGUUCUGCUCUUACAUUUAUAGUACAGUAUGAUGCAGUUGUUUUUGUCUUCCACUGUAAGCAGCACAGCUGAUAAUGACAGGUUUUCCUGCAGUGCCUCACACUGAGCUUUAAUCGAGCUUUUCUGAGUCUAACCAGUCGUGACAACACAAACAUAGACAUGUCUCAGAGAGUGUCACACUUUUUAACAGGAAAAAAAGAUACCAGCAGUUGCUAUUUCUUUAUUUUGAUGACAACUUUUAUUUAAAAAAAAUCUUUAUUUAAUUUUUUCCCCAAAAAGAAUAAGAAUGAUUUUUUGAGGCAAAAAUUGAAUUUGUUUUGUCACAGUUGCACCAAACUGCACUUCACUGUACCGUACUGUACGGUGAAAGGAAGAGCUGCUGCUGCUGCUGGGAUCCUUUCAGGCCACAGCUGGAUGUCUGGAGUUGGGAGCACCGCUUCAUGUCUAGCGGUCACGGUUGUUACCUGGAGCAGAACUCUGUGUUUUUAUUAGCCAUGUUCACUAAUGUUACUGUAACUGCAUGCAAAAAAAAAAAAACAGUUCUCUAUUUAGUCACUUGCCUUUAAAAGCUUUAAUUUUUCAUUUUUAAAUACCAUUUUGUAUUGGUUUGAACAGGGAAAUAACUUCUUUAUUUUGGGAAACAACAUUUUAUGCACUUUUUGCAUCAUACAUAAGGGUGCUUUAGUUUACAAGAGUUUAGACGAUUUUAUUGACUUUAUGGGAUCAGUGAAUGCUUUACUGCAAUGUAUUGUUCACAUUAAUGCAAUGUAAACAAUUGGAAAUAUAAAAGAAAAUUAAGUGACAAAAGAACAAAUAUAUAUUACAUAUAUGUUGUGGCUUAUAGUCAUAACAAAGGUGUCUUUUAGGUUGACAUUGAAUUUACAUCUUUUUGUUAAUGCACACUGACUUUAGUGGUGAACUUUUUUUUGAAAAGGUCAAUUCAAUAUCUAUGCACACAUUUAAUUUAACAAGGACAUCAGAUAUUGUGUUCAUGUAAAAAGUCCAGUCGGCUUCUGAAAAAUGCUAAAUGAGCUCAACAUUGUAGGUCUGACCCCUAUGAAAAAUUCUGUUUGUAGCAAAAGGUUUGCAGUAUUGCUAAAAGAAAAAGACAAAUUCAUGUGCAGUAACUGACGCCACUGUGAAACACUUUGAAGGUCAUUUUUCAUGUUUUGUGCCAGUUUAUAGAUUAUUUCAACAAAGACUUUCUGUUAUAUUUUUUUUGUUUUAACUUUUUCUGUCAUUGAAAAGGUGCUGAAUAAAAGCCUUUUUAAAACUGAA